GCAUUGGCCAUCUUCAUUCAAUAACGAUAGUAGUUACAGCGCAGAGGAGAGCAUGUUUCAAGCCGGUUUACCACAUUUCGCAGUUGGCCCAAUAGUGAAAGGCUUCGGCCGAGGUUCCAGAGAAUUAAGAAUCCCAACAGCAAACUAUCCGGACGAAGUAGUGCAAAAUUUGCCUAAGGAAAUUGCCACCGGUGUCUAUUGCGGAUUCGCAUCUGUCAAUAAGGAAGAAGUUCAUAAGAUGGUGAUGAGCAUAGGCUGGAAUCCUUUUUACGAAAAUAGUCAGAAGACGAUGGAGACACAUAUAAUGCACAAUUUUCAAGACGACUUUUACGGAGCAGAAUUAAGAGUUGUAAUGCUUGGUUAUCUGAGGCCCGAAAAAAAAUUUGACUCUGUUGAUGAUCUAAUUGCGGAAAUACGAGCGGAUAUUGACGCUGCCGACGCACUCCUUAACGAAUCAAAAUUUUCGGUUUAUCGAACCAACUGUUUUUUCACCGAAGACGACAAUGACCAACAAAAAAGUACAGAGGGUGUUCAAAAAACAAGACGAAGAGGACUUUGUAAUCAUGUCGAAAGUUGCAUACUUUCGUAAAAACAAACAACGAGUUGAAAUGGAAAACUAAAGUCAAUACCGAUUCCCACACAUUCUGUUUCAAUUCACGUAUUUAAAAAACAAAACAAAAAAACAAAAUGCUGAUACUGAGAUAUG